AUGACCCUCAAUCUGUCCAUCUUUAAGAUUAAUCCAAAGAUAUCUGCUGCCAUGAAGAGACCAUGUUUCAAAGUGUUCAUGGUGUCUGUGCUCCUGCUUCAGGUUGGAGUCUACAUGGGGAAGAGAGACUUUGUGGACCGCGUCGACUCUGUGGACCCAGUGGAUGGCGUCAUCAUCGUCGAUCCUGAGGCUCUGCAGGGGAGGAAAGUGUUUGUCACCCUGUCUUGCACCUUUCGGUACGGCAGAGACGACAUGGAUGUGAUGGGGAUCGCCUUCCGCAGGGAGCUGUACCUGUCGACCCGCCAGGUGUACCCGCCUCUGCAGGACCGCGAGAAGGGCAUCCACACCAAGAUCCAGGCCAAACUGCUGCGCAAGCUGGGAGACAACGCCUACCCGUUCUUCUUCGAGUUUCCUGACAACCUGCCUUGCUCAGUGGCUCUUCAGCCGGCGCCCCACGACGUCGGGAAGCAAUGUGCCGUGGAGUUUGAGAUCAAAGCGUUCAGCGCUGAGAGCCAGGACGCUAAAGUCCGCAAACGGAGCACAGUGAAGCUGAUGCUCAGGAAGGUCCAGUACGCUCCAGAGAGCGACGGAGUGCCGCCCUCCGUUGAAACCACCCGGGACUUUGUCAUGUCGGACAAACCGCUUCACGUCAAGGCCAGCCUGGACAAAGAGAUGUACUACCACGGUGAGCCCAUCAAAGUGCACGUCAGUGUCACGAACAACUCCAACAAGAACAUCAAGAACAUCAUCGUCUCUGUGGAUCAGGUCGCCACGGUGGUGUUGUACUCCAACGACAGCUACGUCAAGUCUGUGGCCAUUGAGGAGCCUGGGGAUUCGGUGUCUCCAGGGGCAACCCUGCAGAAAGUCUACACGCUGCUGCCUCUGCUGGCCAACAACAGGGAGAGGCGGGGCAUCGCUCUGGACGGCAAACUGAAGCAUGAAGACACCAACCUGGCAUCAUCAAGCAUUAUCAAAGAAGGUGUGCUGAAGGAAGUCAUGGGGAUCAUGGUCUCAUACAGAGUCAUGGUGAAGCUCAUUGUUGGAGGGAUGGUGGGAUCGAGUGAGGUCGGACUGGAAAUUCCCUUCAAACUGAUGCAUCCUAAACCCGAUUCAGUGAAGGAAAGUGAGAUGGAGGAGGAGGUGGAGUUCCAGGAGUUCAAGCGCUCCUACCUGAAGGGGAUGGCUGAUGACGAGGACGAAGACGGAAACGUGUCGGGUGGGGACGACAUGGCGCCCAAAGAGAAGUAGAGGAGAGUCCGUCAGAGGGACAGCAGCUGGAACAAAGACUGCUGAGUCAUCUCAGAGUUUGUGCUAGAAAAAAGCUGAGACUUCAUGAAAGGACCAUGUGUCUGUGAUUCUGCAUGCUUUAGUACUACUUAGACGUACUUUAUCGAGUACACUAAUAUUCCCUUCCACCAACAUGGAACAAGUUCCAUUAUGGCUCAUGUACUUGAUUUUGAACAGUUACAACCACUGACUGUAUAUAAAAAGGAACGACAUGAGAGCUCCCCAAAAGUGAAGCCAAAACACCUGAUCGCCCCCUGGUGGCUGGCUGCAGUACAUCUCAUAAAUGAAACUGAAAACUUUUUCAGUUUUUGUGCCCCUGAAUCCCCCACGCAGCACCAUCAACCCGCAUACUGCAGUGUGGGGGUGUGAGCGUAAGGUGAAGCACAGCAUUGAAGAGUGAGGCAAAAAUCUUUUUCACCGACGACUUCUUCCUGUUCACAUGUAAAAUCACUCACAUGGUCCUUCAGUAGAAUAAGUGAAGAUUCCUCGUAAAGCAGUUUGUAAGAGUUUUUUUUUCUUUCAGUAAAACAGCUGAGUGAUAUCAUUACUCAGCUGUUCAUUUUCUACAGUCAGAGAACAUGUGGACUGCGUGAUGAAUGCAAAGGUGUUUUAGUCAGUUUGAUUUGAAUACUGUGAAGGUCUAGUUUUGUUUGCUUUCAGACUCAUCUGUUGUGUCGCUUGCUGCUGCUGAUGACUUUUACUGUAGCAACAGUAUGUAGAAGGCUAAACCUUAUUUGACUUUUAAGGGACUAUUCAGUUUGAACUCUGUCACAAUAAAA